GAGAUAAUUUUUUCACAUGUAAAACCAAAUACAAUCAAAGAAAAAAGAACUCAAUCCAUACAUAGUAAGAUUUGAAAAGGAAUGUUAUCCCUUGUCUGUCAAAACCAUUUAUUAGAUACUCAUCUGCCUCAGCAUUUUGUGGAUAAUGAUUUUUUAGGCUCCCUCUAAGAGCUCUGCUUUAGGGCCAUUGCAGUUACUCUCGUGUUAUGGAUUAAAAACUGGUGGUCAACUUAACACCAGCUGAAUUAAAUCAGCAUGGUGCUGAGUGUAGAUGGUCCACCUGAGGAAAGUUGCCAGCAUAAAUAGAGACGUGGAGAAGAAGAGUUAGGCGUUGCGAGUUUCUCUAACUGUUGCUGUUUUGAGCCAUUUGGUUUUCCUAGAAGAGCCCGUUGUGACCAGCUUCCCCAAUAUGAGUUUGACCAUUAUCAUCGGAGGAGUUUGGGACCUUGUUGGAGGCAGUGACCUUUGAGGAUGUGGCUGUGAACUUCACCAUGGAGGAGUGGGCUUUGCUUAAUCCAUCCCAAAAGAAGCUCUACAGACAUGUGAUGAGAGAAAAUUUAAGGAACAUGGCAGCUAUAGGAAUUGUCUUGGAUAACUGGGAAGUUGAAGAAGAGUACAAAAAAGACUGGAGAAAUCUGAGAAAUGAGAUUGAGAAAUGCUAUCAAAAUGAAGGCUGGAAUCAAUAUGAAGAAAUAUUCCUUUGGACUCCAGAUGCUAAUGUGGACAUGAAACAAGCUGGUUUAAAACCAGCUGAAAGCCUUGCUUGUGGAAAACCCCUGAUUGGACAUUUGUCUCUAAAUGUGCCCAUCAUAGCUCACACUGAACUAAAGACAUCUGAGUAUUUGGGAUCAGAAGAGAAGUUGUAUAAGUGUAAUGAACGUGAACUAUCCUGUGGUGAUUUCCAGUCCUUUCAGAAGGAUGCAAGAGCAAAGACUGAAGAAAAAACCUAUGAAUAUGGUCAGUGUGCAGCAUCUUACUCUGAUUUUAGUGAAAGAAUUCAUUUUAGACAAAAGACCUUUAAUGCCUCCAGCAUACCUGUUGGUAGUGAGAUCCAUGAAAGAAAUUAUAAUGGAGAGAACCCUUAUGUAUGUAAGCAGUGUGGGAAAGCCUUUAGUACACAAAGUUCUUGUCAAAGACAUGAAAGAACUCACAGUGGAGUGAAACCCUUUGUAUGUAACCAGUGUGGGAAAGCUUUUAGUACACAAUAUUAUUGUAAAAUACAUGAAAGAAUUCACACUGGGGAGAAACCCUAUGUAUGUAAGCAAUGUGGGAAAGGUUUUAACAGGCCCAGUGAAUGUAAAGUACAUGAAAGAACUCACACUGGGGAGAAACCCUAUGUAUGUAAGCAAUGUGGGAAAGCUUUCAACAGGCGCAGUGAUUGUAAAAUACAUGAAACAAUUCAUAGUGGGGAGAAGCCCUAUGUAUGUCAGCAAUGUGGGAAAGCUUUUAGCACUCCUAGUCAGUAUAAAAUACAUGAAAGAACUCACACUGGGGAGAAACCCUAUGUAUGUAAGCAAUGUGGGAAAACUUUUAGUAGGCCCAGUCAUUAUAAAAUACAUGAAAGAACUCACAGUGGGGAGAAACCAUAUGUAUGUAAACAAUGUGGGAAAGCUUUCAACAGGCAUAGUCAGUGUAAAAUACAUGAAACAAUUCACAGUGGGGAAAAGCCCUAUGUAUGUCAGCAAUGUGGGAAAGCUUUUAGUGCACAAUAUUAUUGUAAAAUACAUGAACAAACUCACACUGCAGAGAAACCUUAUGUAUGUAAGCAAUGUGGGAAAGCUUUCAACAGACCCAGUAAAUGUAAAAUACAUGAAAGAACUCACACUGGGGAGAAACCCUAUGUAUGUAAGCAAUGUGGGAAAGCUUUCAGCAGCCCCAGUGAAUGUAAAAUCCAUGAAAGAAUUCACACUGGCGAGAAACCUUAUGUGUGUAAACAGUGUGGGAAAGCUUUUAGCACACCCAGUCAGUAUAAAAUCCAUGAAAGAAUUCACACUGGGGAGAAACCCUAUGUAUGUAAGCAAUGUGGGAGAACUUUCAGCAGGCCCAGUCAAUAUAAAAUACAUGUCAGAACUCAUACUGGGGAAAAACCAUAUGUAUGUAAACAAUGUGGAAAAGCUUUUAGUGCGCAAUAUUACUGUAAAAUACAUGGAAGAACUCACACUGGGGAGAAGCCCUAUGUAUGUAAGCAAUGUGGGAAAGCUUUUAACACACCCAGUCAGUAUAAAAUACAUGAAAGAACUCACACUGGAGAGAAACCCUAUGUAUGUAAACAAUGUGGGAAAGCUUUUAGUGCACAAUAUUAUUGUAAAAUACAUGGAAGAACUCACACUGGGGAGAAACCCUAUGUAUGUAAGCAAUGUGGAAAAGCUUUCAGCAUGCAUAGUACUUGUCAAAGACAUGAAAGAACUCAUACUGGGGAGAAACCCUAUGUAUGUGAACAGUGUGGGAAAGCUUUUAGUGCACAAUAUUAUUUUAAAAUACAUGGAAGAAUGCACAUGGGAGAAACCCUAUGUAUGUAAGCAAUGUGGGAAAGCUUUUAGUGCACAACUUUCUUGUCAAAAACAUCAAAUAACACUGGGGAGAUUUUAUAUAUAAAUAUAUAUAUAUAUAUAUAUAUUUAUAUAUAAAAGCAAUGUGGAAAAACUUUCAACAUAGUAUUUGUCAAAGUUGUAAAAGAACUCAUACUGGGGAGAAAUCCUAAGCAAUGUGGGAAACAUUUAGCAAAGCUUGUUACUGCAAAAGACAUAAAAGAACUCAAAACUUUGCAUUAAUUCUUACUUUCUAUGUAUGAAAGCAGUGCAGGGAAGCAUUUACAUUGCCUAGAGCUUGUCAAAGACAACUGAAAGGGAAAAAACCUUAUAUAUGUAAGCAGUGUAGGAUUCACACAGAUCUGUUGUAAAACAAGUGAAAGAAAUCUCAACUGGAGAGAAACUAUAUAUAAGCCAUUUUGAAAACCAUGUGAAAAUUUCUCAUGUAUUGGAGAACUAUAGGAAUAAUUAAUGUAAAAAGAUUAAUAUUAGUACUUCUCUAUAAAACUUCUAGAAAAUACAAUCCCAUAUAGAAAAAUCCUAAACUGCAUAUAUUUUGUGUUUUUUCAGUAAAUCACUUAAAUAUCUGGAUUCUGUGUCUGCAGUAUUUAAUAUAAAAAUAUUGAGUUGACAUAACUAGGUAUUUGUCUUUGAGCUUAAUACAUAGCGUUUUGAUUGAGCAUGGUGAAAUGUAUUUUUUACUUUCAAGUAGAAUUAGUAUUUAUGUAGUUUUUAUUUAGUCUUUACAAUGGGUAACUACAAGCCGCUAAAAAACUUAAUCUUAUUCAUUGCUGUUUGUUGGGAUUUUGCCACUGCCUUUUUAAAAAUUUUUUGAAUGUGUUUACUCUGUAUUCUGUGUAACAGGAGAUAUUUUCAAUUUGAUGCCGUAUUUUAUGUUAAGAUAUGUAAGCAUGUUUUGGACAAAGUUGAUUUGUUUCUGCACAACUUGUAGGUUAGCACAUUUUAUUUCCCAUAAGAGAAGAUAUUGCUUGUAUAGUGUAUCAUAUACAUAAUUUUGCCCGUUUUUCUUUCAUAUAAGAGCAGAUAUUAUCAUUUGCAUAACAUUUUGUUUUCUUAUCAAAACUGUGCUUUUCUUUAUAUUCCAAUGACUUAUUUUAGUGGUAGUUUUUCCAACAUAUUUACUUAAAAUAAAUGAAACUGCUGUUAUCUUGAUUGCCUUCAACCAUCUGGACCAUAACUUGUAUCCAAAAGGAUAUCAUGAGUUAUUAAAAUCUCUCCAAAAUUAUAAAUGAUGGUAUAAUUUAUCAGCAACAAUACUUUUGAAGGAAUUUUUGUCAGCAAUGAAGUUGUUUUGGGGAAAAUAAUUACUGUUGAAUGUAAUAACACAAAUGUCUUUUUUCCCUGAUGCUGUGUUACCAUUCUGAUUUUGGUAUUUCUAUUUUUUGAGACAGGUUUCACUGUGUAGUUUAGGCUGGCAUUAAAAUUGUGUAGUCCAGGCUGGCCUCAAACUCAUGGCAAUCCUCCUGCCCCAGCCUCCUGAGUGCUGGAAUUAUAGGCUUGCAUCACCAUGUCUGGCCAACAUUAUUGUUUUACCUAAUAAGCAGAAAUAAUGUCAUGAAGGAAAACCUAACUCAUGAGAGAUGUCAGUUUUGUAAAAAUGGAAUUUAUUAAAUUAUAAUUCAGA